GAGCAACUACAAAGAAAAAAGAGAGUGAAAGAGAGAAUGGCUAACUUUGGAACAGAACGAGUUUACCAAGAAUUCGAGCCUGCAACUAGAUGGACCUCUGAACCAGACGCCGAGGUCCUUGUCGCUGAUCUCCCAGGAUUCAAGAAAGAACAGGUUAAGGUGGCUGUAACCUCCACAAGGAAGCUAAGACUAACGGGAGAACGUCCAACUGGCGGAAACAAAUGGAUUCGUUUCCACCGGGAGAUACCCGUUCCUCUCACCGUUGAUAUCGACUCUGUUUCAGCUAUGUUCAAAGAUUACAAACUCUACAUCAGACAUCCCAAAGUCAAGACAGAAACCCCUCAAACUAAGCCACCACCAUCACCGGUCAAACCACCGGUGGUCACAAAACCCCAUGAUCAACAUGAGGCAAAACAAAGCCAAGGUUCUAAGCCAAACGAUCAGCUGAAACAUAAUGAUGCAGAGCAAAAAGCAGGGGAAGUAAAGAGUGACAAAGAGGGAUUAGUUGGUGAGCCUAAAGGAACUUUGAGCUCCAAGGACGAGGAGAAGGACAGAGUUGGAGCCAAAUGGUUUGAGAAGUACAAAGAAGCAACUGGAAACGUGGUAAAGGAAGCUAAAAGCAAAAGGCAGUUACUCUGCAAUUUGACUGCUUCGAUUGUAUUGGUUCUGCUAAUCCUACUGUAUGCUAGAAAUGCAGUACGCUCAUCCCUGGUCUGGAACUCCGAGGAAUGAGUCACAUUUGCCUCUCAUUGAUGUAUAAGAUUUGCUUAUGCACAGAAAAACAAAUAAAUAUUUGAUAAUUACCCUAUUUAUAUAUAUUCAUGUACACAAAUUUGUGAUGAGAAAAAUGAAAGAAAAAAACUCCAUUUUACAGA